CCGAGGGGAUUCAUUUCAUUUCAUUCAUUAAUGCUCGUACCUCUCACAUCCUACCUUGUUGGUUGGGGGUAAUUCUCUCUCAUGUUUCAUCUUGCAUCUGUCUGUCAUAACAACAAUACUGAAGUAGCAGCACUCCAAUCUCUUCUUCAAUGGCGAAGAAUUACGUCAGAGAAAACGUUCCUUUAUCGAGAUUCGGAGUCUUAGUCGCCCAAUUGGAAUCUAUAGUCGCUUCCGCAUCUCACAAGCUUCCCGAUCCACUCCUCUGCUUCGAUCUUCUUUCCGAUCUCAUUUCUUCCAUUGAUGAAGAGCCCAAGGAGUCUGUACUUCUGUGGCAAAGGAAAUGCGAGGAUGCACUAUUUUCUCUGCUGGUUCUUGGUGCAAGACGCCCUGUACGCCAUCUGGCGUCUACGGCAAUGGGUAAAAUCAUUUACACGGGGGAUAAUAUCUCAAUCUACUCAAGAGUGAGCUCUUUGCAGGGGUUUAUCUCUGAUGGAAAGAAAAGCGAGCCUUUGCGAAUAGCUGGUGCUGCACAAUGCCUGGGGGAGCUAUAUCGGCUAUUUGGGAAGAAAAUCACAUCUGGUUUGCUUGCUACUACAAGUAAUGUAACAAAAUUGAUGAAGUUUUCUGAGGAUUUUGUGAGACGAGAGGCUUUGCAAAUGCUUAGAAAUGCUCUGGAAGGUUCUGGAGGCAAUGGUUCUUUUCCUGCAUAUGCAGAGGCAUUUAAAAUUAUUAUGCGGCUGGGUGUUGGAGAUAAAUCGUUUAUUGUCAGGAAAGCUGCUGCAAGAUGUUUGAAAGCUUUUGCUAAUAUUGGGGGCCCCGGUUUAGGGGCUGGAGAGCUUGACAAUUCUGCCUCUCAUUGUGUCAAGGCUCUUGAAGAUCGUGAAUCAUCAGUUAGGGACGCCUUUGCAGAAGCUUUGGGGGCCUUGCUUGCUCUUGGAUUGAACCCUCAAGCACAGGUGCAACCAAAGGGGAAAAACCAGUCUAAUCCAAAAAAACUUGAGGGGAGUUUGCAAAAGCAUCUUAUAUCACCCUUUAAUAAAGCAAGUGGACCUCGCUUAAAGAAUUUACGAGUUGGUCUAACUUUGUCAUGGGUGUUUUUCUUACAGGCCAUUCGUCUCAAGUAUAUGCAUCCAGAUAGCGAGCUCCAAAAUUAUCUUGUGCAGAUUAUGGAUAUGCUUCGUACAGAUUCUUCUGUAGAUGCACACUCAUUGGCAUGUGUUGUUUAUAUCCUACGGGUUGGUGUGAUUGAUCAAAUGACUGAACCAACACAAAGGGUCUUCUUAGUCAAUCUCGGGAAGCAGCUUCAGUCGAAUGACUCAAGUCCCUCAAUGAAAAUUGCUGCCUUACGCACUUUAUCAUAUGCCCUAAAAACGUUAGGAGAGGUUCCAGUUGAAUUCAAGGAGGUUCUUGAUGACACAGCUGUAGCAGCAUUGUCUAACCCUUCACCACUUGUACGUGCUGAGUCAGCCUUGACAUUGCGUGCACUGGCAGAGAUUGAUCCGAUAUGUGUUGGUGGUUUGGUUAAUUAUGGCGUCACUACACUUAAGGCACUGAGAGAAAAUGUGUCAUUUGAGAAGGGAAACAAUCUGAUGCUUGAGCUUGAUUCUUUAAGUGGACAAGCUACAGUUUUGGCCGCACUUGCAUCUGUUUCCCCAAAGCUACCUCUUGGUUAUCCAGCCAGAUUGCCGAGAACAAUGCUUGAUGUUGCUAGGAAAAUGCUUACAGAAGCUAACCGUAACCCUGUGGUUGCAACAGUUGAAAAAGAAGCCGGGUGGUUACUUCUAUCAUCCUUGUUGUCUUCCAUGCCAAAGGAGGAGAUGGAAGAUCAGGUGUUUGAUAUUCUUUCAUUAUGGACUGAUGCCUUUAGUCGUGUCCAAGAUCAUCAAGUAGACCCAACAGAGGAUCUGUCUUCUAAAAUAAGAGUGUGGUCUGCUGCAGUUGAUGCCCUAGUUGCAUUUAUAAGAUGCUUUGUUUCUCAAGAUGCUUUGAACAAGGGGAUCUUGCUCCAACCAAUACUGUUAUACCUUAGCCGGGCAUUAUCCUAUAUUUCUUCGAUAUCAAUCAAGGCCAAUGACGUGAAGCCUUUUAUGGACAUAUUCAUCAGCAGAACACUGGUAGCUUAUCAGUCACUUGAUGAUCCAAUGGCAUACAAGAGUGAUCACCCUCAACUUAUUCAAAUAUGCACAAGUCCGUUCAGAGAAGCAUCCAAGUAUGAAGAAAGCUCUUAUUUGAGGAUACUUUUGGACAGCAGAGAUGCUUGGUUGGGCCCUUGGAUUCCUGGAAGGGAUUGGUUUGAAGAUGAACUUCGAGCAUUUCAAGGUGGAAAAGAUGGUGUUCUGCCUUGUGUUUGGGAGAAUGAGCUCCCUACUUUUACUCAGCCGGAGACUAUUAGCAAGAUGUUGGUGAACCAAAUGGUUCUUUGCUUCGGGGUCAUGUUUGCUACUCAGGAUAGUAGUGGGAUGUUAUCACUUCUUAGCAUACUUGAACAAUGUCUAAAAACUGGAAGGAAACACGCUCUCCAUGCAACCAGUGUCACAAACGUAUGUGUGGGAUUGCUUUCUGGGUUAAAGGCCAUUCUUGCAUUACGACCCCAAAUACUAGAAAUGGAAAUACUAAAUGGAAUACAGGGGAUCUUUCAGGGCAUUCUAGCUGAGGGUGGCAUCUGUGAAUCACAACGCAGAGCAUCAUCUGAAGGGAUCGGGCUAUUAGCUCGCCUUGGAAAUGAUACGUUUACUGCCAGAUUGACUAGAUCACUGCUUGCUGAUGUAACAGCGGCAACAGAUCCUCACUAUGCCGGAUCAAUUGCUCUUGCUCUUGGUUGCAUCCACCGCAGUGCAGGAGGGAUGGCAUUAUCUACGUUAGUACCGUCCACUGUGAACUCUCUUUCUUCACUAGCUAAGAGCUCAAUAGCUAGCUUACAACUAUGGGCUUUGCAUGGGCUUCUUUUAACUGUAGAAGCUGCUGGCUUGUCCUACGUGUCACACGUUCAGGCAACACUUGGGCUUGCUUUGGAUAUUCUUUUAUCAGAGGAGAAUGGAUGGGUUGUACUCCAGCAAGAAGUAGGUCACCUCAUAAAUGCGAUAGUUGCGGUUCUUGGUCCUGAACUUCACCCUGGAAGUAUAUUUUUUUCCCGCUGCAAGUCUGUCAUUGCAGAGAUAAGCUUGCAGCAAGAAACAGCAACGCUUCUCGAGAGUGUUCGCUUUACACAACAGCUUGUGCUCUUUGCUCCCCAAGCUGUUACAGUUCAUUCUCAUGUGAAAAUCCUCCUCUCAACUCUUUCAUCAAGACAGCCAACUUUAAGACAUCUUGCAGUGUCCACUCUACGACAUCUCAUUGAAAAAGACCCGGAUUCCAUUAUUGAUGAACGAAUAGAAGAAAACUUGUUCCACAUGUUAGAUGAAGAAACUGACGAUGAGAUUGGGAGUUUGGUUAAAAGCACAAUUAUGCGAUUGCUCUAUGCAUCAUGCCCAUCAUUUCCAUCUAGGUGGCUAUCAAUAUGCCGUAACUUGGUUCUUGCUACAUCAAGUGGAAAUAUUAGAACGAAUAAAGAAUUGGAAGAUGAUUCUGCUAGUGGCGUUGGUGGGGACCCAUCAUAUGGAGAAGAUGACGAGAACAUGGUUUCUAACUCUGAAGGACUACCUAAUUCUGCCAGAGACAAGCACCUUAGAUAUCGAACAAGAGUAUUUGCUUCAGAGUGCUUGAGUCUUGUACCAGAUGCAGUUGGACAAAAUCCUGCGCACUUUGACCUAUCCUUAGCAAGAAGGCAGCCAGCCAAUGAGCUGAUAUCUGGUGACUGGUUAGUCCUUCAGGUUCAAGAGCUCAUAUCUCUUGCUUAUCAGAUAAGCACAAUUCAAUUUGAAAACAUGCGGCCAAUCGGUGUCAGGCUCCUAAGUACUAUUCUGGACAAGUUUGGCAAGUUACCAGACCCUGAGCUACCUGGACAUUUAUUAUUGGAACAGAACCAGGCCCAGCUUGUUUCUGCUGUUCGUACAGCACUGGACGCAUCAUCUGGACCUAUUCUCUUGGAAGCAGGUUUACUGCUGGCUUCUAAGAUAUUGACAAGUGGUGUGAUCAGUGGCGAUCAGUUAGCAGUUAAACGAAUAUUUGCACUGCUUUCUCAACCUCUUGAGGACUUUAAAGACCUUUAUUACCCGUCCUUUGCUGAAUGGGUUUCAUGCAAGAUCAAGAUAAGACUUCUAACUGCUCAUGCGUCUCUCAAAUGUUAUACAUACGCAUUCUUGAGGAGACAGCACAGCAUCCCAGAGGAGUAUCUUGGACUACUACCAUUAUUCUCAAAAACUUCAAAUACGUUGGGCAAGUACUGGCUAUCUCUGUUAAAGGAUUACAGUUACGUAUGCUUCCGCACACGUCCUCAUAUACAUUGGAAACCAUUUCUUGAUGGAAUUCAGUCCUCUCUGGUUGCCAAAAAAUUAAAACAAUGUUUAGAAGAAUCAUGGCCUUUUAUCUUGCAAGCAGUUUCUCUUGAUGCGGUUCCGGUGGAUGGGGAGGAGAGUGAAUCUUCUAAAACAGCAGACAACGCGUCCAAAAGUGUCUUCUUCUCGGGAUACAAUAUGGUGGAACUGAAACAACAAGAUUAUCAGUUUCUAUGGAGCUUUUCUUUACUUGUUCUCUUUCAGGGACAACACGCUACUCCUGACGAAACCAUUAUCCCAUUGGAUAAUGUAAAAUCCAACUUUGGCAGUGACUCGCCAGUUGCUGACACGCACUCGAAAGCUAUGAAGUUCUAUGAAAUCAUUUUGCCAGUUUUCGGGUUUCUUUCUGCAGAAAAGUUCUUCACGACUAGAUUUCUUACCCUCGAUUUAUGCCGGGAAUUGCUGCAGGUUUUCUCAUACUACAUUUACAUGGAGGAUAUAUUGGAUAGUCAUGCAAUCUCAGUUCUGUCACAGAUUGUUCAGAACUGUCCUAAAGAUUUCUUUGAAACUGAAGAUUUUGCAUACCAAGCUGCCGAACUUUGUAUGUCCUUCAUGUUCAAGUUUCUACAAAGUGCGAAUGUAUCUCCAUCCAGUCACUCCAACUGGGAGGAUAAAAUAACUCUAUCUUUUACGACUGCAACAAAUCUUUUGAUGCGUCUAGAACCCAAGAAUCAAGUACAACUAGCGUUGCCGUUUCUGAUUAUUGGAUAUAAAUGCAUUGGAGAAGCUUCAAAUGAUGCGUUUUUGCUGAAACCUGUUAAUUAUGUUCAAUCUCUUGUUGCCAUGCUGAAAAAGCUCCUUAAUGAAAAACCUACACUGGAUGACGAUGAUCUUUGCUAUUUAAAGACUAUGACCAACGCUUGUCUUAAUAUAAACAUUAAUCUAAGCAACAACUGUGUCAAGAGAAUCCAUUCGUUGGACGACAAGAUGACAAACUCAUCACAAAAGAAGCUUGUUUUCUCUCUUGAGCAGAUUAUCACAUUUGCUAAAUUAAUUUAUGAAAUUGAACUUAUUGGAGAUAAUCAAGGGAGUAAACCCGUAUUCUACAGCAUGCUAUGCCAAUGCACCAAUUCUUUCCAUGAGGUUCUUAAUGAUCAACACAUACAGGUUCAGGCCGUCACCUUGCAAACACUAAUUGGUGUAAUACGAGAUUCCAAUACUGAAAGCAACACAUUUCUAACAUUCUUUAUCGGGGAGCUUCUUAACGAUAUUUUUGGAGUGAUGAAGCAAGUGUUGAAGAAACCUGUUAAAAGGGAAGCGGUAACCGUUGCUGGAGAUUGUUUGAAAAUCUUGAUGCUUUUGCAUACAUCCUCUAAAGCAGCAGAUUCUCAGAGAAGUUUAAUGAGCCUUCUUCUUGAAGCAAUUGUCAUGGUUCUUUUAGCUUCAGAAAACGAUUUCUCUCAGGAAGUCAAAGAAUUAAGAAGUGCAUCUAUGAGACUUGUUUCUCAACUUGCUCAGAGUCCAACGUCUGCAGUCUUCUUCAAGGAUGCUUUAUUAUCAAUGCCUGUUACACGGAGGCAGAAACUACAGGAUGUAAUACGCGCGUCUGUAACACAAGAACAGAUUUCAAGCGCACCUAAAUCAUCUCAACCACCUUUGGUGAUCAAGAUGCCAUCGCAAAGAGAAGAAAUUCCACCUCCAUCAACCGCCACGAAAGUCAACGACCAUGCUAACGAAGUUGAAGAAGACGAUGAUGAUGAUGACUGGGACACUUUCCAGUCUUUUCCCGCAUCGACAAACCAACCUAAUAAAUCAAACUCAGAUGACAUGGCUAAGAGCUCGAGCUCGAGUACGAGCACCAGCGAAGAAGACGAAACUACCUUCACAGAAAGUUUGCAUCUUGAUUUUAACCAAGACCGUGCGUAUCAAUAUAAUGACGCUGGUAAUGAGGAUGAGGAUGAAGAUGAAGAAACCCCGAGUGAUGAAAAUGAUGAUUCGGAUGAAUAUUCUAGAGAAGAGUAUAGCGAUAAAUCAGGCGGUGGGGAUGAAGUGGAAGUAGAAGAGGAAGAAGAAGAAGAAGAUGAGUCGGAUGGAGAUAUAUUAAGCCAUAUCGAUAGAGUGCUAAUCGAUAUGGCUGAAGAAAGCUCCAAAUCUUCAUCUUCUACUUCUCAAUCCGGUAAUGAAAUUGAAGAAAAAAGGUCAACUCAUAGUAACGAUGCAUCUGACGAGGACCGGAAUGAAGAAAAAGGGUCAAGUACUCACAGUAACACUGCAUCUGACCAGGACGCGAAUGAAGAUAAAGGGUCAGGUACUCAGGGUAACGCUGCAUCUGACCAGGACGGGAAUGAAGAAAAAGGGUCGAGUACUCACAGUAAUGCUGCAUCUGACAAUAACGGGAAUGGUGAAAAGUCAACUCGUGGUAAUUCUGCAUCUGAGAAGGAUGAGAAUGAAGAAAAAGGAUCAGAUCACAGUAAUGCUGCAUUGGAGGACAUGAAUGAAGAAAAAGACGGGAAUGAAGUAAAAGGAUCAGAUCACAGUAAUGCUGCAUUGGAGGACAUGAAUGAAGAAAAAGAUGGGAAUGAAGAAAUAGGAUCAACGACUCUCGAUAAUGCUUCACUAGAGGACGUGAAUAAAGAACAAGGGUCAACUCAUAGUCAUAAUGCCGCAUCGGAGAAGGGAGAGAACGAGCAAGAUGAUAUUUCAGGUCAACAUUCUGUAUCUGGAUCCGGGCAUGAGGAAAAAGGGUCGGCUCUGAAUCAUAGUUAUGAUGAGUUGGAAAAGGAUGCACGUGAACAAGACGAGGACUUGUCGGGUCAACACCGCCUUCAGGAGGCUGAAAAUUUACCAUAGAUGUAUAAUAUUUUUGAUACAGAGUGUGUGUGUGUGUCAGAUUCGUUUACGCAUGACCAGGUGAGAGAACAUGUGUAUCUGUUGAUACGAAUAGAGGUUUGAGGCUAGCUUAUAUACUUGUGUGUGGAUUUUGAUUUUCUUUUUCAAAUCUUUUGACCAACCAUGGCUAGCUUAAUUAAUUGAUUAUUGCAAUGGACAAUAGGAACAUUAA